CUCAUAUACUCUAUUAAAUACCACAAUGACAACAGCACACCGCCCAACUCUUGAGUCCAAGAGGGGCAAGGAUAUCACAAUCGCAAACACGAUUCAACACGGCCGCAGCCAGCCCGCACACAAACAGUUGAAGCUCCGGCAGUCGUACCUCCGAAACAAGGGCACACGGGUGGAUGCGGAGGCGGCUCGCACCAAGGUUGAGCAGCUCAAAUGGGAGCUUGUGAAUCAGGAAAAGAGCCACUACUUGAAAGAGGGGCGGGUCUGGCAGGAGGACCGGUUUGCGCAGAAGACGCAGUUGGCUCUCACGGGGAGCGAGGAAAACUACGAGGCCAAGCGGAGAAAGGUCGAGGAAGAGUUUAAGGCGGCAGAUGGUUAUCAGGAUUCCCCCAAAGUGUUUGAAUAUGAGAGUAGCACGGAAAGUGAGGAUGAAGAUGAGGAUGAGGAGAGCGGGGAUGAGGAGAGCGGGGAUGAGGAUGAAGACGACACACUUGCGCUUUUGAGGGAGCUUGAAAAGAUCAAAGCAGAGAAGCUCCAGGCGAAAAUGCUGGCAGAGCAAGAAGAGCAGCGUGUGAAGGCACUUACCUCCAACCCGUUGCUUGUGGCGGAGGAGGCCAAGCCUAAGUCGUCCUGGCGCCUGAACACGGUGUUUAACGCUAAGCAGAGCGCAAAGACCGAUGGACACGACAAGUACGUGAACGACAUGUUGCGGUCCGACUUUCACCGUAAAUUCAUGGACCGGUACACAAAGUAGAUUGGUAUGGAAUUAGAAGUAUUUAUGGACUAUUUUUUUUUUGCAAAGAAAAUCAAAAAGCGAGGCAAGCUGAAUCGACAGAGUGAAUUUUCAAGAUUGGCUCUUCUAAAAAGGUCAAGCGUGGGUAUUGCUUGUGAUUUAUAUAUUAACAAACGGUAUAUAUAGGUAGAAAUAUACAUCAGCUUUGGUUGCGACACUUUUACUCGCGC